GGAAACAGGUAGGCUGUUGUUGAGCGCGGGCUGCAGACAUCAGAAGCUUGUCCUUUGUGCUCCUAAAGACUGGAUGAUUUCAGUGGAGGAGAGGAGGAUCAUACGAUUGUUUAUGCUCGGAGGGAAGGAAGUUAGAUGCAGGAAAAAGCAAUGAAAGGUCUAUAAUUAUCUCCAAGUGCUUUUUUUCUUUUCUUGUUUCUUUCGGUCUCACAGGGACGGUCGGUGUCCUGUUUGGAGGAGGCAAUUCGCGGGUUGAUUACAAACAUGGAGGAAUGGUUUUGAAAGCGUAGUCGUGCUGUAUGAAACUUUUGUACAGCGUGGAAACUUCUCCGUGUGUUGAGCUGAGUCAGUUUAGCUGAAUCAAUAUUUAUGCGUUUGGGAGCGCUCGGAGCCAUCUGCACUCUUCCUGGUGAAGCUUUAGGAGUGGCACAGUGAUGGAGGACAUCGAUCUAGAGCAGCAGGAGCCGUUCCCUGUGGACAGAGAUGGGAAACAAGUCGAGACUGGAACGGACCAGCCUGAUGGAGGCAGGAAGAGGGGAUGCUGUGAGAAGUUCCAGGAGUCUGUCUCCAGGUGGAUGCUUCCUGAACACUCUCGCAGCAAAUAUCUGGAGCGAGCCAACUGCUGCCCGCCCCCCAUCUUCAUCAUCCUCAUCAGUAUUGCAGAGUUGUCAGUGUUUAUCUACUACGCUGUGUGGAAGCCUCAGAAGCAGUGGGUGACACUGGAUGAAGGUAUCUGGAACAGCCCCCUCACAUACAGGCCUGAGAGCAGAGAGGAAGCGUGGCGCUUUAUCUCCUACAUGUUUGUCCACGCUGGGGUGGAGCACAUUGUGGGAAACCUGGUCAUGCAGCUGGUGGUGGGAAUCCCGCUGGAGCUGGUGCACAAAGGUUUUGAAGUGGGGAUGGUUUACCUGGCAGGUGUCCUGGCAGGCUCUCUGUCUAGCUCCAUCUUUGAUCCUCUCAGCGCUCUGGUGGGGGCUUCUGGGGGAGUUUAUGCCCUGUUAGGAGGCUAUUUCAUGAAUGCAGUCGUGAACUUCAGAGAGAUGAUCCCUCUCCUUGGAGUGUUUCGUAUCCUGGCUAUCGUCAUAUUCGUUGGCACAGAUUUUGGAUUUGCCUUCUACAGAAGAUUUAUCCAAGAUGAUGCUGGUUUAAAGGUUUCAUUUGUGGCUCAUUUUGGAGGGAUAGUUGCCGGGAUGACUAUUGGCUACGUCUUCUUCAGCGAUUACAACAAGAAGCUCCUCAAAGACCCUCGUUUCUGGAUGUGUAUAGUGGGAUAUGUAGUGUUUUUACUCUUUGCUAUCCUCUUCAACAUCUUCCUGUCUCCAGCAUCAUAGGUCCAUGAAGCUGCACUCUCAAGUCAACACUAAAAGCCUUCAUGUCACACUCAGGAAGACGUGUUUAUUUCAGAGCAGAGUUUCUUAUCAGGGACUUUGAGAAUGUAGUGCACAGGGUGUAAUUUUUUUUAAUUUAGAUUAGAUUUCUUUCUUUGAAAAGCUGAAUUUGAUUAUAUAGUGCCUCCUGCCUUUAAUUUGUAGCAUUACAGAUGGCAUUUUUUAUAUUUUAGAUGAUGUUGUGUUUUUUAGAUUGAAUUAUUUAGAGGUGUGUUUUGAAUCCAAUUAUUAUUGCUCUUAAUUUCAGGUGUGAUAUUAUAUAUGCUCGAGGGUUUUGUUUGUUAGACAUGAGCUUUUUCUGAUCUAUAUUAGUGCCAAUACCAAGUCUAAGUGCUGGAACUCUUACUCAUAAAAUACUGCCAAUACUGCACACUAUAUCAGUGGUUCUCAACUGGUCUUGUCUCAGGACUCACUACCAACUCCUCAGUGAGAAACAAGAACAUAAAUGUGUUAGUGUCUUUGAACAAAUCCGAUUUAUUUAAUGAAAAUGUUGUUUUGGACCUCAGACAGUACAAAACAUGAAGCAUACAGUAGAAAAACAAACAUGUUUAAAAAGCAUUUCACAGACUUUUUUCUUGGUACAUGUUUAUGACCCACUGACGACCCACUUUUGGGUCCUGACCCACCAGCUGAGAGCCGCUGCUCUAUAUCAUUUUUAAGCUUGAUGUUAGCCUCCCAUAAUUUGAGCAGGUAGGUGAAGUUAAGGCCAUGUCUGCAGUUUGGUGGUAUUUUAACAUAAAUGAGGAGGGGAAAAGUAGAGCAGACUAUAAACUAUGCAUUUGUAAAAUUUCAAGGGGAGUGGAGAAGGUCAUCUAAAUCAGUGGUUCUCAACUGGUGGGUUGGGACCCAAAAGUGGGUCUGAGAGCUGUUUUUAGUGGGUCGUGAAGGUGUGCCUGGAAAAAACUGACAUAAAGCCCACGAUGUAUGGAAGGUCAAAGUAGACAGAGGUUUUAUUUUACUUUGUUUUCCAUGUUCUUUUCUUGGGAAAACAAAACUGUUCAUUUCUAAUUUUAAUGUGUUGAUUUCUUAAAAUAUCAAGAAAUCAAGAAUUUGGGUUUUCGAUUUCUCGUUCAGUUGAGAACCACUGAUCUAAAUGAAAAUAAAACAAACUCUUCAAACAACUUUAGGGGAUGUAAUGGUAUUAUUAUUAAGCAUUAGUACAUCCCUAGUUUAUAUUUCAUAUCACUUUCCUGCUGUAUACUUGUGGUCAUCAGUGCUCUGUUGAAACUUUAUGAAUUGUCUAGUUUAGUUUUAGUAUUCAAUCAAAUUUAAAUGUGCCUUAAACGGUUUAAAAUUCAUGACUGUAGUAAUAACAUCAUGACAUAAUCAUGUUUGGCUGUGUGAAACCACUACCACGAAGAAAAAGUUUACAAAAAAAAUCCCCAGGAAAAAGAAAUACUAAUAUUUUUCCAUCAGGCCUUGACUAAAAGCCAAGUCAUUGUUUUAGUCUUUUCCUGUUGACAGGAAGCAGUUAAUUAACUUUCAGCUAAAUUGCACACUAGUAUAAACUUUACAGAUUCCAAUGGACACUGCUGCACACUAGGCUGAAGUAUUUUGGCAUCAGUACAUUUUCUUUAUCUCAAUUAUUUGAAUAAAUCUCUUUUGCUGUUUUGCAGCAAGUGGGAGAACAGCAGCAGGUAGCAAUCUUUAAAAAUCAGAGACAUAUCAACAUUGAUAAAAAUGUACUUGAAGUAAAAUGAGACUUUGUAUGCUUGGUGUUGCAUUUCUAGAACUGAAUAUUUUGUGUUUCUUUUUAAUGAAAUUUCAUGUUUUUAAAAUAAAACUUAAAUUUGAAUCUAAAUUACUGCAUACAUUGAUGUACUACAUGAGUGCAUAGUAGUGAAAGGUGUUCUUAAUAUUUUGCCAACUCUAUUUCCAUUCAUGUGAGGAGCAAAAGAUUGGAAACAAAAUUUAAAUGUACAUUUUACACUACAUUUCCCAUGGUUGUCACAGAUAUGUAACUGCUUGUUCAGCAGUGUAUUU